CCUCUCUCAAUAAUUCGAGGGAGAUAAUGUGAGAGAUGAAAAUAAUAAAUAAAUUUUAUAUAAUUAUAUUUACUAUUCAAUAAUGGACUCUCUCUGAGAGAGAGAGAGAGAGAGAGAGAGAGAGAGAGGAUGGUGGAGAUAUUGGAGUCGUGCAUGGUUGUGCCGAGCAAGGAGACCCCGCAACACAAAUUAUGGCUUUCCAAUCUCGACGUAGUGGCCAUGAGGGGACACACGCCGGUGCUCCACGUGUACCGGCGCACGGGCGUCUCCCCGUCCUUCGCCGUCGAUACCGUCAAGUCCGCUCUCGCCGAGGCGCUCGCCGUCUACUAUCCGCUCGCGGGGAAGCUCGCGGUCGACGAGAACGGCCGGAUAGAGGCCGAUUGCACCGGAGAGGGGGCGCUCUUCGUCGCCGCCAAAUCCGACGAGUACGCGGUCGACGACGUCGACGGCGUCGUGCCCACGGCCGAGAUGAGGAGGCUGUUCGUGCCCGCCGUCGAGUCCCAUGAACUGCCGUGCACCGUACUUGCCAUUCAGGUGACGUUCUUGAGAUGCGGUGGCAUGAUCUUAGGCACGGCGAUACACCAUGCGGUCGCGGACGGCCGCUGCUUUUUUGAGUUCAUCAAGAUGAUGUCGGACAUCGCCCGACAGGUCGACGGCACGCAACCGGCUUCUCUCUCACUCGACCGCAGCCUCCUCCGCGCUCUCCCGACUCCGAAGGUCACCUUCGACCACCCCGAAUACUCUCCGGUCUCCUCUGACGACGACAACAAUGCUCCCGCGGCGCCAUUCGUCGUCGCAUUAUUCGAGCUCUCCAAAGACCAGCUCCGAUUCCUGAAGCUUCGCUGCAGCGGUGACCGGAACCCCCCCACCGCCGUGUCCACAUUCCAAGCCGUCGCCGCACACGCGUGGCGGUGCGCGUGCAUCGCCCGCGGGCUUUUGCCGAGCCAAGAGACCCGCCUCCAUACGAUCACCGACGUGCACGGCCGCCUGAAGCCGCCGCUCCCGCCGCGUUACCUGGGUAACGCGGCGGUGCGCAUAUCUGUGACUACAAAAGUAGAAAAACUUAUAUCGCACUCUAUUAGAUAUGGUGCAGAGCACAUUAGAAGAGUGCUCAACAACAUAGGGGACGAGUACGUGAGAUCGGUCGUCGACUACGUAGAAGUUACGGGCAUUUCGCGGUUACCGGCCAGCGGCAAGCUCCUGCGCACCGACCUGCGGAUCGUAAGCUGGCUCAGUUUGCAGUCGUACGCCGGAGACUUUGGGUGGGGGGAGCCGAUCUACGUCGCGCGGCCGCAUUUCUCCGGCGGCGGACACGGAUAUCUUGUAAGAAGCCCUAGAAAGGAUGGAGGGGUGGGAUUGACACUAGCACUGGAAGUAGAUAGCAUGGAAAGAUUUAAGCAGCUGUUUUAUGAUGAGAUCAAUGAGAAAGCAUUUUCAAAGUGUUUGCGAAGAAACCCAAGAGGAAGUGCCUCUUCACUGUAGUUAUAUAUAUAUCGUUGUUUAAUUAGGCUUCGUUUGGGGUUGCUGGGAGAUUGCGUUACGUGCGGUGAGAA